AAUCACGUCACAUAACACGCAUACUUCCUGUUGUAUUACGGUACAGUCUGCAAUCGCAUCGUCAGAGAGGCCGCUUGUAACAUAAUAUUCAAAAAUAGAAAACUAAUUUUAACAGCUCUACGUUUUAAAACAAUUUUCCAUCUGCCAUGUCGACGCAACCGGCUCACGGCGCAGCUUUCCAGAGUAAGUUAGCCUCCAUCAUGGAGACGCUCGCCCAGGCGGCCGUGUUGGAGAUCGCGCAGCUGUGGGAGGAUGCCUUCGCUUUGGUCCACGCCGAACUCCGCCGCAGGGAGCGGGAGGUGGAAGCCCUGGAGAGGAAGCUGCUGGAGAACCAACAGCGGGAUAGCAAUGUGUCGCCAGCGCCGCUUGGCUCCUCCGGCGGGGAUCAGUCGCCGUCAACAACAGCAACCAACGAUGCUUCUGCCACAACUUCUGAGCAGAGCAUUGGAGACAAGGCAGUCCCCUCAACCAAUCAUGGAGCAGCACUACAACUUCAGGAGAACCCAAGCGAGCAGACCCUCAACGAAAACACAGCCGACGAGGAGUUCCCCUUCAAGCGAGAGGACGACGAAGACGACGUCAUGAUUGUGGAGCAGGUGAUCGACUCAGAGUCUGCCGUCCCCGCUGACCGGCCCUCGGGUCACGGCGCGGACGUGACCGGUGAGGAUCAGGAGAGCCGCAUGUGGUCAUCCGUUUCUAUAGGCGACAGCGACACCACAGAGGAGGCAGACUACUUCUUGGCCACCAAUUCCAAGAAUGUGGAUUCAGAGAUUCUGCUCAUUGAGAACGCCUUGGACAUUCUGGAUAAUUCCUCUGACAGAUUGCUCGCGGAUGGCAGACACACUGCGUCCAGUCACUCGAGGGCUCCGGCGGCUUUAAGACAAACUCAUUCCCUCGGCCAAUCUAGCGAAAGGCGACAGUCCUUCCUCUCGGGGAAAUUGAAUCCAGACAAUGGCAUUUUCAUAUUGAACGACCCGAGGCUGGGCAAAGAAGUCGCAGGGCGGCGCGUCAAAGAAAAGUGGUUCAUCUGCCCAUUCUGUGGUAAGAGCUUCGACCGCGUCAGUCACCUGGAGAUCCACCAGCGCAUCCACACGGGUGAGAAGCCGUACACGUGCGACAUGUGCGGCAAGUCUUUCUCACAGAGGAGUAACCUGCGCACGCACCAACGCACGCACAAGGAGGCCCCGGGGCCUCAGUGACCCUUCCAGACUAAGAGGAAUGGCGUAACACUUGGUUUAUUACAACAAAGUCAACUUUGACACCGACUUCCAACUUGCCACGGUCUUCCAACCAAACACACAACUUCCUGCUCCAGUGGACCAAAACCAAAAAAAUGGAGCUAAUAUGCUGGAGCCUGUCAGUGGGAACUUGGUUGACUGACAAAUCUGUUUACAUUUUUUUCCCCCUGGACAAAUAUUGUUUGGCUUCACAAACUAUGCUUCCUAAUAUCCACACAGAACAACGUAAUCGUCAUUUGGACUGCUCGUCACAUAAGUUGUACUUUUUUUCCCUGUAAAUUAGCCCUUAGUGUGGAUCCGAAGCCACUAAAUUGUGCUAGCAAGAAAUCCUGAAAAGUGUCACUGUUACGCUAGCGUCCAUUUGGUUCUUGCGAGCAGGGCUGGGCGUGUGCUGCCACAUACUUCUUUUUUUAAAGUUUCUUUUUAAGUGCUGUAAAGGUCUCAACAAACCAAGCCUUUUUUUUUUACCAAGCCUGUAAUACCUCUCCAUGCCAUCGGUGGCAGCAUAGGGGUUAGUGGUAGUUACUGUUUCUCGGUCCUCUAAAAAUAGCAACUGAAACUUCCAGUCCGAAAGCUGUACGACCACGGCGGCAUCUACUGACUAACGCUUCUGAAUUGGAUGUCUAUAUGUGUGCGAGGCGAUGUAAAUAUCGUGCAAAAUAAGCAACUCCUGCACAUGCCUUACUCCGGCUGCAUUCUACAUCGCUGUUUGUUUGCUUUGUUACCUUCCGACAACCAGUGUCGAUUUUAACAUGUUGAAUCAAACGAAAACUGCCCGCCAAGGGCCCAAGCCCCACUUGGCCAACGUCAGCUUGGUCUAUUGAGACCUCUAACAGAAUUCUGUUCUUACACCCGCGGAAAUGCAGCUCACCCAUCAGUCACUGCUGGUGCCCAAAAGACAACGCUGCAGGACAGCUUUUUGGAAUGUAAACGCUGCUUGGGAAAGACGACUUGUCACAAGAAAUGCUGCUUGUCGUAGUGAGAAAGACAGCACUGACUCGGACAGGCCAUUUAAACACACAAUACAUUUAUGUCAUGAAGUGUGCGUGUAUGUGUGGGCGGGGCUUUCAAUCUAAUUACAUUUCAUGAAAGCCAUUUCUUCUUAUUUAUAUUUUAUGAUGCAAUGCUGUUUUUCUAUAUUAAAAAAACAUGUUAAAAAAUUGUGUUGAUUUGGGGGGGUUGUAACGGAUUAAUAGCAUAUCCAUUCAUUUCAACUGGAAAGGUUAAUUUGAGAAACCGGUGUUUACAGUUUUUGAAGGAUUCCUGCAAAUUAUAAAUGAUAACAAAUUAUUACCCUAAAAUGUACACUUUGGGUGCGUUUUGGUGGCGAGGUGGCAAAGUUUGCUGCAGCGCUGCAUCCAAAUGUAAAAAAAAAAACAAGUGUACCAAACCUGUCCAGUCCACGCGGUUCAAAUUUAGUAGCAGUCGGUAAAAGUCUCUAAGAAUUUGCCUGCGAUUGUCCAAAAAAGAUAAGCCCUUAGAAUGGCUUUUUGAACCCGAGAUAGUCGACUUGCUCUGUCUUUUUGCAUGUGGCUUCUGAAAUCAGAGGGGUUCGCUGAGCAAAGUUUAAGCAUUUAUAGUAAAA